CUCCAAUGGCCAAUUUAAGAAGAAGUGCUACAAAUGAAACACAUUUAGUAAAAACAAUAUCUGCAAUUAUACUCAAAAGUUGUUCUUGGGACCUUCUCAUAAAACCCAAAUUAGGUUCAUUAAUCACUUCAUCCACCAUCAAUCAAACCCUUCAAAACCUUUCAAAAAUCAGCUAUUUUUCUUGGAAUUUCUUCAAAUGGGUUGAAUUAAACCCUGAUUACAAGCAUUCUUUACAAUCUUGUUGGACGAUGAUCCACAUUUUAGCUAAACAAAGACACUUCAAAACUGCACACCAACUGCUCGACAAAAUUGCUCUGAGAGACUUUUUGUCGUCGCCCACGGUUUUGAACUCACUUGCGGAUACUUGUGAUGACCCGGAUGUGAAUUCUCAUGUUUUGAGCUGGUUGGUUAUAUUUUAUGCCAAUUCUAAGAUGAUCCAAGAUGCAAUUCAAGUGUUUGAGCAUAUGCGAGUUCAUGGGUUAAAGCCGCAGUUGCCUGCUUGUACUGUUUUGUUGAACACGUUGGUUAAAGAGCGGUUGACUGAUACGGUUUGGAAGGUUUAUAAGAAGAUGGUGAAAAGUGGGGUGGUUCCGAAUUUGUGUAUCUAUAAUGUAUUGAUUCAUGCUUGUUGUACGUCUUUGGAUGUGGAGAAAGCGGAAGAAUUGUUGAGUGAAAUGGAGUUUAAAUGUGUUUUUCCUGAUCUAUAUACUUAUAAUACGUUGAUAUCGUUGUAUUGCAAAAAAGGUAUGCAUUAUGAGGCUUUGUGUAUUCAAGAUAGAAUGGAUAGAGCGGGUGUUUGUCCUGACAUUGUAACGUAUAAUGCUUUGAUCUGUGGGUAUUGUAAACAAGGUAGAAUGAGGGAGGCGUUAAGAAUGUUUAAGGAAAUCAAAGGUGCUACUCCAAAUCAUGUGACAUACACUAGUUUGAUCGAUGGGUAUUGCAGAGUGAAUGGUUUUAAUGAGGCUAUGUUAUUGCGUGAAGAAAUGGAAGCUAAAGGGUUGUUUCUUGGCACUGUUACGUAUAACACGAUUUUAAGAAAAUUGUGUGAAGAGGGUAGGAUAAAGGAUGCAAAUAAAUUGUUGAAUGAAAUGAGUGGGAAAAAGGUUGUACCUGAUAACAUCACUUGUAAUACUUUGAUUAAUGCUUAUUGUAAGAUAGGAGAUAUGAAGUCUGCUUUGAAAGUUAGAGGGACAAUGUUGAAUGCCGGAUUGAAACCUGACUCGUUUACUUACAAGGCAUUGAUUCAUGGGUUUUGCAAGACUCGAGAUAUGGAGAAUGCUAAAGAAUUUGUUUUCUCCAUGAUUAAUGAUGGGUUUUCUCCAAAUUACUGCACAUAUUCUUGGCUUGUAGAUCUUUACUGCAACCAAAACAACGAAGAGAUGUUGGUGAAGUUACCUGAUGAGUUAUAUCAGAAGGGUAUAAUUGUUGACAUUUCGAUUUUUAGGGCACUAAUAAGGAGAUUAUGCAAGAGAGAGAGGGUUGAUCAUGCUCAAAGAAUAUAUGAUAUCAUGCAGCAGAAAGGGAUAUCAGGAGAUAGUGUUGUAUUCUCGAGUUUGGCGUAUGCUUACUUGAAAGCAGGUGAUACAAAUACUGGUUUGAAUAUUUUUGAUGAAAUGUACAAGAACAGGUUGAUGAUCACUCAAAAAACCCAUAAAAGUUUCACUGCUAGUUAUGCUGGUGAUAACGGCAUUUUGGAAACUUUUUGGAAUCUUGCUGUUGAAAGAGGUUUAAUUUCAAAAAGUACUUUGAAACAGAUUUAUCGAGCCGAAGAAAAUUAUUAGGAAGCAAACUUUGCCAAGGAGUUAAUGCUUCAAACAUGUAAGUACUUUUUCCGAACCUUGACCACCCCAUGCUAGACCCUCCCAGGCCCAAAUUGCUUAUUCUUGCUUAUGUGAGCUCUACUUGCUUCCGACUUUGUUUUUUUGUGUUUUAUGAUCACCACUCAGGUUAUACCAACUUAAUUCGGGCACAAGGUGUUAAAGUUUGUAAAAGCAAGUCUUCAAUGUUAGGCACAUAUAGCCAUAUAGGUGUACGAUGUAAUCAAAACACCAAAUAAAAGGGGUAGUACACUAGAUCGACCCAUAGACCAACCUACUUGGGAUAUAUUUGGAUUAAUUCUUGUAUGAUAAUAACCGAACCUAAAGUUAGUAAUACGACAAUGCCUAUGUAACUAGUGUUUUUUAUUCUUC